GUGGCGCGCUCGAGGACUGUCAGAAAGUUCCCGGCAGCCGGUGAAGCAACACGCUUGCUCCUCGGACCUCAGACCAGACUCUUCUACUGUACAAGUGUCCACCGACUUGGCGGCUGUGAGUGUUCGAAGCGGCUAGCCAGAACAGACAGUGUCGCGCGGCUGUUCAUACAGUUCUAACAGUUCUAACAGUUCUAACAGUUUCGACAGUUCCAGCAGCCCCGAGAGCCGAUCGGCCGGACUGUGUUGUCGUGUGCCAAGAGACGAUAAUAUUAUAGCUAUAGCAGUGUUUGUGUGCGCGCGUGUGUGAGUGCCGUCGAUAAGGCCGCAGCCGAACUGUCAACAAGUCGCUCGCGCAGCCCGAGCAGUCCGCGGUGCUGAGAUCACUGAGAAAUCGGUCCAAAACGGCGCUAGCGGUGACGGAGCUGGCACUCGGGAGCGGCGCCGUGGGCAUAAGCGGCGUGGCGUCUCUGGAGGCGCGACUGCGCGAAGAAGCUCAGGAACAGCUGCUCACCAGCAUGCGAGGCGAGUCUGCCAGGCCGGGCAAGCGGCCCCUCCGCGCCCUCUCCGCCGCCGAGAAGAUGGACGCCAUCCAGAGGGUCCACGAGGGCGAGAGCAAGGCCUCGGUCGCCCGCGACAUCGGCGUGCCCGAGUCGACGCUGCGCGGCUGGUGCAAGUCCGAGCACAAGAUCCGCGGCAUGGCCAGAAACUCCUCCACCCCCGACUCGGCGGAGGCCCUCUCGCCAGCCUCCUCCAACGGCGCGAACGCCCUCAUCUCAAACCUCUCGAGCGAGGACGAGGGCAUGGCCGCCGCCGGCGGGCCCGCCAGCAAGAAGUUCAAGCUCGACCUGGGGGCGGCCGGCUGCUCGCUCAACGACAACAGCGAGAGCAACGAGGCCAAACAGCCCAAGCAGCUCGACUACCUCAGCAGCCUCAUCAACAGUCUCAUAGCCGGCGGCAUGCGCCCGGAGAACAGCUCGCUCCUGAUGCAGCAGCUGGGCCUGCUCACCGGCGCCCAGAGCGCGCCCAGCCUCACCCAGAACCUCCUGAACCUGUCGGCCGCGGGACUCGGCUCCGCGGCCCACCUCGGGCCCGCCAGCACCCAGGCCGUCGGCCUCGUCGAGAACGGCCUGCAGUACAGCAAGAGCAGCGUCGGCAGCGGCAACAAGCGGCACUCCAGCUCCUCGACGCACAUAUCGGCCAUCGCCCCGACGAGCCAGUUCGACUCGGUCAGCAAGUCCAGAAAGAGCCUGCCGCCAGCAGCCGAGGCCCCCUUGACGCCGGUCCCGGCCUCGCCGCGCAAAACCAACGACCAGCACAGCGGCUCGGCCAUGGGCAUGAACCUGACCUCGAGGCCCGGCUCCAAGAGCAAGGACAACGGCUACGCGCGCAACAAGCCCGACGAAGCCUUCUGGCUCUGGCUCACCCAGCAGCAGCAGCUCAUCGGGCACCAGGCCGCCGCCUUGAACGCCUCGGCCGAAGGCUCCUGGUUCUGGCAGUGGUACAAGCAGAGCAGCCUCAACUCCAUGGUCUCGCCAACGCCACUCGCCCAAGCGCAGCAGCAGCAGCAGCAGCAGCAGCCGCAGCAGCAGCAGACGACGCAGCAGACGACGCUGGCUUCGAGAAAGUCGCCCAGCAAGGCCAAGGCCGUGCUCGACAACGUGCUCAACAACAACGACGACAAAGUGCGCCGAAGUCUCAACCUCAGCGGGGAGGACGACGCCGGCCAGAACGACGAGGUGGUCCCCCCCAUCCCGACCGAGAAGGCGAUCGAGCACGCCGACAUCUUCUUCAAAUGGCUGGACCAGUGCAGCGAACCAUCGGUCACGCGGAUGCAGAUUUUGCAGUUCAAGUACCUGCUCGACAACCUCAAGACCUGCAGGAAUAGGCCGACCGGAGUGAAGCAGAGCAGGAAGUAGACGAGAGGGAACACCAGUCAGCUGUUUUGGUAAACCGAGCGCGAGCGCGAGCACAAGCGUACGCGUGCGACCCCCCGAUCGGUGCUGUGAUCGAAGUUUCGACGAACAAAGAGGUUAGAGCAGUCGACGCUCACUCGAUAGACUAGAUUUUUCAAACGCGAGCAACGGCUCAGUCAGAUUCUUCCGUUCCUUGUGUAGUACUGUUCUAGCGCGAGUACCGGCGGCAUAUACCACUAGUAGAAACUGCUUCCCGCGCCGUGUUUUUGAAUUUUCCGCGCGCGCCCCCUACUUUUAAACUCGCCACGUGUGUAUGUGUGCGCGCGUCCGCGUAUAAUAGCUCAAAUAAGACCCGCGCGUUGUACCUCCUUCAGAGAAUAUGCGAGCGGAAGGAAAAGGGCAGCGUGCGAGAGGGAAAAAGUGACGGCGGGGGAAGAAGCGAGACGGAGCAUGCGCGAUCGAGAAGUAGGUCGCACUCGGCAUCUCUCCUCGCCCUCGUCCCGUUCUUUCUUCGCCGCUAAUUUACUUCGCGAAGAAAAAACGAUACUCGCUUUCCGGCCAAACACUAUUUCCCUGGGCGCGUCGUACAUACACGCGAUUAUACCAAAUCCGUAAAUAGCCCUUAAUGAUUAAGCGGUUCGUUAAGUCUUAAGUCAUCGCCGUAGCGAUUUAUCGUUAUUGCCAACUGUACGGGUGCACCGAAAACAGACACACAAACGAAAAAGUGAAAAAGUACAGAGGGGCAUAGAGUAAAAAGAUGCGCGCAGACGUUUUGAGCGGGAAGAGAAAAGGUACAUCGGAGAGCAUGAAAGAGACAGAGCGCGCGCGCGCGCGCGCACUCGUGUGGCGGGAGAAAUAUACGGCCGACCUUGACGAAGGCUGUUCGACGAUUUAGUCUGCGUGCACUUUUUUACCCCCUCGACUUGCGUAAUUUUCCUUUUUUUCAUCUAAUUUUCUUCCUCGCUGUUCUCGUUGGCGAUGCGCUGCGAACGACAUUACUGUACACGUGUUUUCUUUCUCUACUGUAUUCUCAUUAAAUAGCGGACGUCGGAAACGCGUUAAGAGGCCUCUUUGCGCGCUCAAUGCUUCUUCUACUAAUGGACACGUUUUUACACUCUAAUCAGCUGAGCAGCAACGAAAUACGAAAAUCUCGAUACGAUUUUGAACAAAUAGCGGACGAGCGCGCGGAAAGGCAUUCGCUAAAAAAUUUACUUAAAAAAACAUCAAAACAAAAAAACAAAAAAAAAUAAUUAAAAAUAAUAUACAUCUCAAAGCUCAAUUGUGUGACGAACUUUUCUUAAUUCUAUAACGAACGAGAGCUUGUAGAAAAGAAAACAAAAAAAAACAGAAACAUUCCCAUACAGGCGCCGAUUCCGAAUUUUCGCUCGCCUCCUAUUGAUGUUCUCCCUCGUGUGCGCCGAGCGACCGGUUUUCUUCUUGAGCACACGCGUGCGCGCGAGACGAUCAAGCCGGACAACGGUACAACGGAUGCACGUGUGCGCAUGGAGUCAAAGGGGGCGUCCAAAGGGAGACGCGCUCUUUCUCUGACUCUCUCUCUCUCUCUCUCUCUCAUCCGUUCCUUUAACGGACACUCUUGUAAAUUUCGCGUUAAAUUAUCAUCUUUUAUCUAGCUGCGUUGCCAUAAAUAUGUAUAGCGGCUAGUCUUGGACCACCUCUCGCAGGAGUGAUAAUUGUAAUGAGACAUGUACUGCGUGAAAGGAGCACGACUUACCAUGAGAAGAGGCUCGACGAGCGGCUCGUAGGCAAAGUGGUCGCUGACGAAGCUCGCGCAGCCCUGCCACGUGCUCAGCUCUGCGUAGGGCAGCAGCGUGCGCCUUAUGGACGUCGACACAAACUUCUGCGAAAGGACAAGACAGCUUAAGUAAUCGAUACUCGUUAUGCGUAUUUUUUGUACAUACUUUUUUAUUGUAAUUGUUAAUUAUUAAUUAGUUAUUAUUAAGCAUUAUUAGCUUAUCAUUAGUUGUAACUAUGAUUAUUAUUGUGUUUCUCGUUCUCAUUUUUGACAUCUGUAAAUAGCAAAGAUCGUUUGCGAGCGCGAGGCACCUCCCCGCAAAUAAGCCAAUACAUCAGCAGCAAGUAUAUUACUAGUGGUAACUUGUUGAAAAAAAAAAAAAAAAGAAAAAUAAUGAAGAAAAUUUCCCGGCAUUCGCUACUUAACUAAGAGGCAGGCAUCUGUGCGAU